AUGACCGAGCGGCGGCAACGGCAGGCCCAUCGCAAAUCUCGUCGUGGUUGUGCGCGUUGCAAGUCAGGACAUCGAAAAUGCGAUGAAGUCCAUCCUGUCUGCGGUGCCUGUCGCCGACUUGGCAUCCCUUGUAGUUUUGAAUGGUCCAUGUCGCCUGUGUCUGGGGGAGCAGCAGCAACAGCAUUAAGACCAUCAUCCGCAGAUGCUCGUCUGGAUGAAAAUAAUGGUCACCAGGCGUCUUUGGCCCUGGAUGACUUGCGACUUUUGCAUCAUUGGCUCCGGGGCGAGGGGAGUAUGUUUGAAGACCACGCCGGCGAGACUUCACGACGGGAGCGCGAUCGUCAGCUGGAGCUUGCGCUGGCGCACCCUUACCUGAUGCAUGCCAUUCUGUCGAUUGCCGCCUUGGAGCUCUUCCACCGGGGGGAGCCUCAAACUUCUCAUCCUCCACAUUGUUACUAUACCCUGGCCGCAUGGCACAAUGUGCAAGCGCUCUCCCAUGCUCGGCCAAACAUGGCACGCUCCAAUUGCGACAGCCACAGCGAGCCUCUCUUCAUCUUCUCCGCCUUGACCUCGCUCUACGCUUUUGCCGAGCCUCCUCUGCGUCGCUCGCUAUCUUCCUUUCGCAGCGAGAUUUGCAAUGGCAAUGGCAACGGCAACGGCAACGGCAACGACUGUCUGCGCGACCUGUUGAGCGCAUUCUACGUGGCACGAGGCAUUCCCGUCGUCAUCGAGGCCAACAAGGCCGGUCUCGAGCGAGUCGAUCAGCCAAACCAGGGUGAAACCUGGUCCGACGAGACGCCCGAAGUUUUGCCCACUCUUGAUGCUGAUUUUCCUCAGCUCCAACUCGUCCUCGACUUGGUCGAGACGCAUUUUUGCUGCACCGCCGCUGCUGCCGAAAACAACAACAACAACGACGACGACAACGACGACGACGACAACGACAGAUACGCGCACUACAAGCCCGCGCUGCGCGACGCUGCCACCCGGCUCUUUGCCAUCAUUUCGUUGCUCCUGCGGCGUCCAGAGAACCACUCGAGUGCUUGGCUGAUCCAGGCUUGGCCCAUGCAUGUCGAUCCAUGCCUCCUCGAGCUUUGGGAAGCAAAGCAUCCCGUUGCCAUGGUCAUAUUAGCUUACUAUGCCGUCCUGGUCCAGCUGCGCGCCAAUCUCUGGUUUUUCCAGCGCUGGCCCCCUCUCAUCCUUGACUACGUCGGACAAAAUCUGGUAGAAGAGGAAUGGCAGACCUAUCUAGACUGGCCAAGAAAGAUGAUUUUUAAUAGAACAGAAUAG